CUUUUUGUGGGAGUAAUAUAUUACUGAAUAACAAGAACGAGUCAGUCAGUGGGCAACGGUCAAAAUAGGAAAGAUUUAAAUGGCAUCCAUUAGCAGAGUGAUGCGUGCAAUACGUGUGUUUGAAUUUGGAAAGGCUGAUGUCCUUAAACUAUGUACAGAUUUGCCAUUACCUUCACCAGGAAAAAAUGAGGUAUUAAUCCGAGUUCAUGCUUGUGGAAUAAAUCCAGUUGAGACCUAUAUUCGAGCUGGAACUUAUGCCAGAAAGCCAACUCUACCAUACACUCCAGGAACAGAUGUGGCUGGUGUCAUUGAGAGUGUUGGGAAGGAUGUGACUUUAUUCAAGAGAGGUGACCGUGUUUUCACUACCAGUACCAUCUCAGGAGGCUAUGCUGAAUACUCCAUUGCUUCUGCAGAUACAGUUUAUCCUUUGCCUGAUCUACUGAGCUUCAAGCAGGGAGCAGCCAUAUCCAUUCCAUAUUUUACUGCUUACAGGGCCCUUUUUUCCAAAGCACAUGGGAGACCUGGGGAAGUGAUCCUUGUCCAUGGUGCAAGUGGAGGAGUGGGAAUAGCAGCUUGCCAGAUAGCUAGAGCAUACGGAUUUCGAGUUUUUGGUACAGCAGGUACACCUGAAGGUUUAAACCUUGUUCUUAAAAAUGGUGCACACAAAGUGUUCAAUCACAGAGAGGAAGAUUAUAUUGAUAAAAUUCAGGAAGCUACAGGUGGAGCGGGUGUUGAUGUUAUUUUAGAGAUGUUAUCCAAUGUUAACCUCAGCCAUGAUCUAAACCUUCUGGCAGCUGGUGGUAGGGUAAUUAUUGUAGGCUGCAGAGGGCCUAUUGAAAUAAACCCCAGGGAUACUAUGGCUAAAGAAACAAGUAUAAUUGGAGUAUCACUCUUCAGUGCAACAAAGGAAGACAGAAUGGAAACAGCUGCAGCACUCUUUGGAGGGAUGGAAGCUGGUUGGUUAAAACCACUUAUUGGUUGUGAAUAUCCUCUAGAAAAAGCAUCUCAAGCCCAUGAAGACAUUAUACAAAGCAGUGGAGCCAGUGGAAAGAUGGUUUUUGUGAUCUGAUUUUUUUUUCUUGAAGUUCACAAAAUGUUUGUGAUAAUAAGAUAAUCAUGAAUAAGAAAGAAAAGGGAGUGACAUAAAUUUUUCUGCAUAAAAAGUAUGGAUUCAGAAAAUAAUCCUUUCUUAUUGACUGACUGUACACAAUCGAGAUAAAAAAUCAAUCAUUUCUAGUCUGCCAGCUGUAUAGGUUGUGCUUGGUUUACAUCAACAUUUUUCAUGCUGAAAUGUAAUACACCUUUCUUUAAGAGAGUUUCAUUAUCUUAUGUCCCCCUGCCUGCAGUACAUAAAGCAUUAACUGAGAUCAAGAUUCAGAAUUAAUCAGUUUUAAAAAGAAUAAUUUUUUUUUUACCUGUAAGCUGCCAUGAAGGCUUGUGUAAUAUGGAAGUCAUUGCUGCAUUUUGCUGCACUCUGUACCUCGUGACAAAUAAAAAAAACCUGAAUGAAUAAAUGCUGCACAAGGCAGGAGACAGAUUGGAAUUAAGCAGCGCUGUAUUUGUGGAGCUAUUUGGUAACGAGCUAGCGUUAAUGUGCCAAAGGCAGGGUGCUAAUGUGCAAAAAACAUGGUGUUUUGCACCUCAUUUUGGACCCAAUGCUUUGGAAAUGAAUCUUCUAAUCCUAACACAAAAGUUAGUAGUGUGUGUUGUGAAAUGUCUUUUUCAUAUUUAUGGUUAUUUGUUGCCCUAGAACAGGUACAGCGACUUAAGCCUCAGUUAAAUCAGAAACUGAAGUUGCUCAAUUAGAGUUUAUUCUUAAGAGCACACAGGGACUUGAGGUGCAGAGUGACAUGUUAUGCCCCCCCCAUGUCAGUAACUAAAACAAUACCCAACUGGUACCCCCAACCCCACUUUGGGUAGUGUGUUGCACAAAGGUGGUGUAAGGACAACAAGUCAAGAGCCUCCAUUGGGUACCCACUGAGAACCAGAAUGCGAAUGCUGCAGGUUGCACAAGUGGUGAAUCAAAAAAGCAAAAAUCUCCUAUGUGGAUAGACUCUUUGAAAGCGCUUAUUUUAUGAUGUUUGUGAUUGCAUUGGUUUUAGAUUUGCUGAUUAAAGUUUUCAAGAUCUUA